AUGCAUACCUUUAAAUACCGUUGGUAUCCACACUGUGUCGCCGCAGAGUCCGCUGUUUGGGAGAGGGGAGUUCGUGGCAGAGUGGACAACCGGUUGCUGGUGGUGCAGUUGACACUCUGCGCCUGCUAA